AUGAAUACCAACAGCUCAGGAUUCCUCGAGUGGGCGUCUCUGCCGUCAGAGAUUCGUUCGAAGAUCCUCAAUACCAUCGUUGAUGAGAAGAAUCCGGGCUGGGCGGCUCUGUCUUCGGUGUCUCAAGAGUGGCAUAACAUCAUCGGCGCAAGAAACAUGGCUAAGCUAAAAAUUGGACAGUCUUGUGUGAAUAAGUUCGGCCGGGCAGUCGUUCUGCAGCGAAACCUGGUGAAGCAUAUCUAUCUCAAGAAGGUCCUCGAUAUUCUCAGUACCUGGGAAACAACAGGUCCAUUGACGUUGGAGAUCAACGCAGUUGCAGCUCGCGACUCGCAGCACUGGUUCAAGAACUUCCGCUUGGACGACGACUACGAUGCUUAUGACCGAAACUCGCCCGUUUACGACCCCCAAGAGGGUAUUACCGGCACCUGGCAUGAUUCUCGGCACGGUUGGAAGAAUGGCGUGCAGGUGAAGCCUCCUCCAUUCAAGGCCUGGCAGAGGAUAUCCCGGCCUAUUGAGAGUACUUAUAUCAAAUUCCCCCCCAACAAUGCUGUGACUUGCUUCAUGAUCCGUUGA